AUGGUCACUGAGUAUAUAGAAGGCGGUGAUCUAAGGAAAUACUUAAAAGAAAAAUAUAACAGAUUAACUUUCAGAAACAAACUUAAUAACUUACUCUCUAUCGCAGAAGGAUUGAAUUAUAUUCACCGAGCGAAACUAAUUCAUAAAGACCUUCAUGCUGGCAAUAUUUUAAAUAAUAAAGGAAAAAGUUAUAUAACAGACUUAGGACUGUGCCGACCGGCUGAUGAACCAAGCGAAGGAAAGAUUUUUGGAGUGUUGCCUUAUGUGGCUCCGGAAGUUUUAACUGGCAAGCCUUAUACUCAGGCUAGUGAUGUUUACUCUUUUGGAAUAGUGGCUCAUAAAUUAUUCUCUGGACUUCUUCCAUAUCAUGAUAUACCUGAUACUGAACUUCUUGCACUAAGAAUAUGUCAAGGACCUACCGCCAAUGAAAUUUAUGAGAUUUUAAAAGUUGAAGCAUUGCAGGGACAAGAAAGUGAUGAAAAGGAAAGGCUCGGACUUCAUGCAGUGUCAGAAGUUAAUAAGCAAUUUAACUUAGACAAAUAUUUUCAUUCCUUACUGAAACAAAAUGCUACUCCUCUAAUCACUGACUUGGAAGAGGAGGAAAUACAAACAAAAGUAAAAGAAGGACAAGUGCCACUAGAAUUCGCAGAGUUCUCUAAAAAAGAUUUGCAUUUCCAAAAUAGUUUAAAUGCCUGUUUAGAAUUUUUUGAAAGAGAGUGGAGUUUGCCAGAUGAAACGGCAACAUAUAAAUAUAAACAACAACAGGCUCAAAUCGAACAACCACCUAAAUAA